GGGGCGGUGAUAGGAGUAAUGUCAAACAAGACUCCAGGGAGCUGAGGGAUGAGAGUGGGUGUCACCACCCCAAGUACUGGAAGUGCACUGGAGGGACAUGGCUGGACUAGCCUGGUGGUGAGGCAGGGACCUCAGGGUGUCUCCCUAGAUGUCAUGAUUAACUCUCAAAAAAAAAAAAAAAAAAAAAAAAAGGCAUGAGGCCUGAGUGUGUCAAGUGACCGGGACAUCCCCCGGCUCUGCUUCCCGGAAUGCCUGUGAGUCCCGCCUGCUCGGGAGCGGCCUUCCUGCCCUGGCUGUCUGGUGCCAACUACUGUACCCUGCAAGUGGCGAGUGAGCAUGAUGCCUGGCCUUGGGAGUGGUAUAGAUUGCUGGCAGUUUGGUGAGUGCCACAGGACAUGACAUCGCACCUGCUACUAUUAGUACCGCAGAGUGAGAAAGCCAGAUAGCGCCACCCAAGGGUUGCGGAGCCCCACUGUCACCCGCCUGAUGCUGGCAGUGGAGCCCACCAUGGAUGGGGACUUCCCUCCGCAUGAGCUCCCGCCCCCUGGAGGUGGCAUCCAGCUGCAGAACCGACUCCUGCACUGUCCCUGGUGGAGCAGUUUUUCACCGGCCUCGUACCCCACCUUCUCCAGUGAAAACCAACAGUUCAUGGGUUCCACCCCAUUCCUUGAUGGCCAGUCCUGCCCUGACACCAGCUACCCCACCACAGCCACUGUUCCCAGCUUCUUCUCCAAGAGCAGCGACUUUGCUCAGGACCCCUCAUGCCUCGAGGACCUCUCCAAUGCCUCCAUCUUCUCGUCUUCUGUGGAUUCCCUGUCAGACAUCCCGGACACGCCUGACUGCAUGCAUGUUGACAGCCUCAACGAGGUGUCCACCAUCUGGGAUGGCAGCAGCACCUCAGCCACCCCUGGCAAGCUGUUACUGCCUAAUGGGCCAUUCUCGGCUCUUGAAGAUCCAGUGACCCCCCUCUCCAGCACCCCUCUUCUCAUCAGCUACCAGUCACACAGCCAGCCUGAGGAGGAGGAGGGAGAAGAGGAAGAGGAGGCAGAAGAACUGGGCCACGCUGAGACCUAUGCCGACUACGUACCGUCCAAGUCCAAGAUUGGGAAACAGCAUCCAGAUCGUGUAGUGGAGACCAGUACACUGUCCAGUGUUCCUCCCCCAGACAUCACCUACACCCUGGCACUACCCACCUCAGACAACGGGACCCUAUCUGCUCUACAGCUGGAAGCUAUCACCUACGCCUGCCAGCAACAUGAGGUCCUACUGCCCAGUGGGCAGCGCGCUGGGUUCCUGAUUGGGGAUGGAGCCGGCGUGGGCAAGGGCCGCACAGUGGCUGGCAUCAUAGUGGAGAAUUACCUGCGGGGCCGGAAGAAAGCUUUGUGGUUCAGUGCCUCCAAUGACCUCAAGUAUGAUGCGGAGCGGGACCUGAGAGACAUUGAGGCUCCAGGCAUCGCGGUGCACGCAUUGAGCAAGAUCAAGUAUGGUGACAACACUACCUCAGAGGGUGUCCUCUUUGCCACCUACUCUGCCCUGAUUGGAGAAAGCCAGGCAGGUGGGCAGCAUCGCACACGCCUCCGCCAGAUCCUGCAGUGGUGCGGCGAGGCCUUUGAUGGUGUGAUUGUAUUUGAUGAGUGCCACAAAGCCAAGAAUGCCAGUUCCACCAAGAUGGGCAAGGCCGUGCUAGACCUGCAAAGCAAGCUGCCCCAGGCCAGAGUGGUGUACGCCAGCGCCACAGGUGCUUCCGAGCCCCGCAACAUGAUCUACAUGAGUCGCCUGGGCAUCUGGGGCGAGGGCACACCCUUCCGGACCUUCGAGGAGUUCUUGCACGCCAUUGAAAAGAGGGGAGUGGGCGCCAUGGAGAUUGUGGCCAUGGACAUGAAGGUCAGUGGCAUGUACAUCGCACGCCAGCUCAGCUUUUCCGGGGUUACGUUCCGCAUUGAGGAGAUCCCGCUGUCCCCCGCCUUCGAGCAGGUCUAUAAUCGGGCAGCCCGGCUGUGGGCUGAGGCCUUGAGCGUGUUCCAGCAGGCGGCCGACUGGAUCGGCCUGGAGUCUCGCAAGUCCCUGUGGGGUCAGUUCUGGUCAGCGCACCAGCGCUUCUUCAAGUACCUGUGCAUUGCAGCUAAGGUGCAGCGACUGGUGGAGCUGGCCCAGCAGGAGCUGAGCCAGGACAAGUGUGUGGUCAUCGGUCUGCAGUCCACAGGAGAGGCGCGGACCCGCGAGGUGCUGGAUGAGAAUGAAGGGCGCCUGGACUGCUUUGUCUCAGCUGCAGAAGGCGUCUUCCUGUCGCUCAUUCAGAAGCACUUCCCUUCCACCCGGAGGAGGCGGGACCGGGGAGGCGGAAAGAGGAAAAGGCGGCCCCGGGGGCGCGUCCCCAAGGCUCCCAGACUGGCUCUGGAGGCCUCAGGAGUGAUCCGCAUUAGCGACGGCAGCAGCACAGAGUCAGAUGCUGGCCUGGACAGCGACUUCAAUUCAUCCCCAGAGUCCCUGCUAGAUGACGAUGUGGUCAUCGUGGAGGCCCCCACGCUCCCCACUGAUGACCGAGGUCCCCUGUACCCACUUCAGAGAGACCAGCAGGGGCCUGGUGUCCUGGACCGGGUAGAACGGCUGAAACAAGGCCUGCUGGCCAAGGUGCGCACACUGGGCCGGGAGCUGCCGGUGAACACGUUGGACCAGCUCAUCCACCAGCUUGGGGGUCCUGAGUGUGUGGCUGAGAUGACUGGAAGGAAAGGCCGUGUAGUGUCCAGGCCUGACGGGUCGGUGGUCUUUGAGUCCAGAGCAGAACAGGGCCUGUCCAUCGACCAUGUGAACCUCAGGGAGAAACAGCGCUUUAUGAGCGGCGAGAAGCUUGUGGCCAUCAUCUCUGAGGCCUCCAGCUCCGGUGUCUCCCUCCAAGCCGACCGCCGGGUCCAGAACCAGCGACGCCGGGUACACAUGACCCUGGAACUGCCUUGGAGCGCAGACCGUGCCAUUCAGCAGUUUGGUCGCACCCACAGAUCCAACCAGGUCUCAGCGCCCGAGUACGUCUUCCUCAUCUCGGAGCUGGCCGGGGAGCGCAGGUUCGCCUCCAUUGUGGCCAAGCGGCUGGAGAGCCUGGGUGCCCUGACCCACGGAGAUCGCAGGGCCACCGAGUCCCGAGACCUGAGCAAGUACAACUUCGAGAACAAGUACGGCACCCGUGCUCUCAGCCGCGUCCUCACCACCAUCCUGGGCCAGACGGACAGCAGGGUGCCCCUGCCCCAGGGCUACCCGGGAGGGGAUGCCGCCUUCUUUCGUGACAUGAAGCAGGGCCUGCUCUCUGUGGGCAUCGGUGGCCGUGAGUCGCGCACUGGCUGCUUGGAUGUGGAGAAGGACUGCUCCAUUACCAAGUUCCUGAACCGCAUCCUGGGGCUGGAGGUGCACAAGCAGAAUGCUCUGUUCCAGUAUUUCUCUGACACUUUUGACCACCUCAUCGAGAUAGACAAGAAGGAGGGCAGAUACGACAUGGGCAUUCUGGACCUGGCCCCUGGCAUCAAUGAGAUUCAUGAAGAAAGCCAGCAGGUGUUCCUGGCACCUGGGCACCCACAGGAUGGGCAGGUGGUCUUCUAUAAGAUCAGUGUGGACCGCGGCAUGAAGUGGGAAGAGGCGCUCACCAGGUCUCUGGAGCUGAAAGGUCCCUAUGACGGUUUCUACCUCUCCUACAAGGUACGAGGCAGCAAGAUGAGCUGCCUCCUGGCGGAACAGAACCGCGGUGACUAUUUCACCGUCUACAAGCCGAACAUCGGCCGACAGAGCCAGCUGGAGACCCUGGACAGCCUGUGCCGCAGGUUCCACCGGGUCACCGCGGAGGAGGCCCGGGAGCCCUGGGAGAGCACCUAUGCCCUGUCGCUGGAGCACUGCAGCCACACCACCUGGAACCAGCGCUGCCGACUGGCACAGGAGGGCAAGGGCUGCGCCCAGGGCCUGCGCCUCCGCCACCACUACAUGCUGUGUGGGGCGCUGCUGCGCGUGUGGGGCCGCAUCGCUGCCGUCAUGGCGGACGUCAGCAGCAGCAGCUACCUACAGAUCGUGCGCCUCAAGACCAAGGACAAGAAGAAGCAAGUGGGCAUCAAGAUCCCCGAGGGUUGUGUUCCGCGCAUACUGCAGGAGCUGCGUCUGAUGGAUGCCGAGGUGAAGCGCCGCAGCACCCAUGGGCUGGCCACGCGUCCACCCACUCCACGCGCCAUCGCGCUUCCCUGCGGUCCUGGUGAGGUGCUGGAUUUGACCUACAGUCCCCCGGCCGAGGCUUUCCCGCCACCUCCACGCUUUGCCUUCCCUUCGCUUCCUCCUCCCGACCCCAGUUCUCUGAUGCUGGGUGCAAGAGACCCUGCAACCAACCCCGCAGAGCUGACACACCAGGGCUGCGACAUCAAUUUCAGGGAAGUGUUGGAGGACAUGCUCCGCUCUCUGCGCGCAGGGCCCACCGAGACCCCUGCGCCUCUGGUGGGCAUGGGUGGUGGGGGUACAGAGAGGCAGAGCGUCAUCCACUUCAGCCCACCCUUCCCGAACUCCUAGGCGGCCACCAUGGCCCCUGGAUUACAACUGUCCUGGGCAGCAAGGCCCACACCGGCUCCUCUGCGAGCAAAGAGGUUCCCACGACUACUGAGGGCACCUGGCCGCAGUGCCUUACCCGCCAGCUGGGUGCGGAGCCUCUCCUGCACUGCUCUAUGCGCCCAGCCUGGAGACCGUGGGGCUUGGUGGUCCCAGAGAGCUGGUAACUCAGGAAAUCCGGUGCUGAGGCCCCGCCGUCUAUGGGGACUCCACGGGGCAGACCCCGUUAAUAUAUGCAAUCCCCUCCUCCCUAAAUUAUUGUUACCCGCCACUUCCCAGCUCCGGAAUCUGUGGGCAGCUAGCGGGCCCUGGUUUCUAUGUAUUUAUAAUUAACUCUGGUGUAUAUAUGUAAAGAUCUUUUUUAAAAA